GGUUCAGUGUUGUGUAAUGACGGAAAGCGUUGCAUUCUAGGCCGAUCUGUGACACCCAGCCGAAAUAUAACCCGACAGCGCCCACUCUGUCCCUCCCUGCACUCACAGAGGCGACUGUCAAGUGUCUUGCACGGUGAUUGGUCCAGGAGUGUCCAAGAUGAGGAUUGCUGUUAUUGGUCAGAGCCUAUUUGGACAGGAGGUUUACAAGGAACUAAGGAAGGAGGGCCACACUAUUGUUGGCGUGUUCACAAUACCAGACAAGGAUGGAAAAGCUGACCCAUUAGCGGCCCAGGCGGAGAAGGAUGGUGUGCCGGUGUUCAAGUUCCCACGCUGGCGUCUGAAGGGCCAGGGCAUCCCAGAGGUGGUGGACAAGUACAAGGCCGUGGGCGCCGAGCUGAACGUCCUGCCCUUCUGCUCCCAGUUCAUCCCCAUGGAGGUGAUCGACCACCCCAAGCACGGCUCCAUCAUCUACCACCCCUCACUGCUGCCGCGCCACAGGGGAGCCUCUGCCAUCAACUGGACACUCAUCCAUGGCGACAAGAAAGGCGGGUUCACUGUGUUCUGGGCAGAUGAUGGACUGGACACUGGACCAAUCCUGUUGCAGAGAGAGUGCGAUGUGGAGCCCGAUGACACAGUCAACACCAUCUACAAACGCUUCCUGUUCCCCGAGGGAGUCAAGGGAACGGUGGAGGCGGUGAGGAUGAUCGCUGCAGGAACCGCUCCCAAGAUCAAGCAGCCAGAAGAGGGGGCCACCUACGAGUGCAUUCAGAAGAAAGACAACGUGAAGAUUGACUGGAACCAGCCAGCUGAAGCCAUCCACAACUGGAUCAGAGGGAAUGAUAAAGUCCCUGGAGCCUGGGCAGAGGUUGAUGGACAGAAAGUUACAUUCUAUGGCUCGACUCUGGUGGACAACGGCACCGCAGCUAACGGCAAACCUCUGGAGAUCCCUGGGGCCAGCAAACCUGGGAUGGUGACCAAGGCUGGUCUGGUUCUGUUUGGCAAUGACGGCAAGUCGCUGCUUGUGAAGAAUCUGCAGUUUGAGGAUGGGAAGAUGAUCAAUGCGGCUCAGUACUUCAGUGCCGGCUCCAGUGCUGCUGUGGAGCUCAGUGAGGAGGAGAAGGCCUUUGCUGAGCAGAUGAGGGCGGUAUGGAAGAGCAUCCUCUCUAAUGUGGACCAGAUUGACGACUCCACUGACUUCUUCAAGUCUGGAGCUGCCUCCAUGGAUGUGGUCAGGCUUGUGGAGGAGGUGAAGCUGAGGGCCAGUGAUCUUCAGCUCCAGAACGAGGACGUUUACAUGGCAACCACCUUCCAGGAGUUCAUCCAGAUGUGUGUGAGGAAGCUUAGAGGAGAGGAUGGAGAGGAGGAGCUGGUCGUGGACUAUGUGGAGAAGAACGUGAACAACAUGACUGUCAAGAUACCUCACCAGCUCUUCAUCAAUGGGGAGUUUGUGGAUGCAGAGGGAGGGAAAACCUACAAGAGCAUCAACCCUACAGAUGGACAGGCCAUCUGCGACGUGUCCCUGGCCCAGAUCCCAGACGUGGAGAGGGCGGUGGCGGCUGCCAAGGAGGCCUUUGAGGAGGGAGAGUGGGGCAAGAUGAACCCCAGAGACAGAGGCAAGCUCAUGUACAAGCUGGCUGACCUGAUGGAGCAGCAUCAGGAGGAGCUGGCCACCAUAGAGACCAUAGACUCAGGGGCCGUUUACACUCUCGCCCUCAAAACACACGUGGGCAUGUCCAUCCAGACCUUCAGGUACUUUGCUGGCUGGUGCGACAAGAUCCAGGGUUGCACCAUUCCGAUUAACCAAGCUCGGCCCAACCGUAACCUCACCUUCACCAAAAAAGAGCCCAUUGGUGUGUGCGCCAUUGUAAUCCCCUGGAACUACCCCCUGAUGAUGCUGGCCUGGAAAACAGCAGCUUGUCUGGCAGCUGGCAACACCGUUGUUCUCAAACCGGCACAGGUCACUCCAUUAACAGCGCUGAAGUUCGCAGAACUGACUGCAAGAGUCGGCUUUCCCAAGGGGGUGGUUAACAUCCUCCCAGGAUCAGGUGCACUGGUAGGCCAGCGACUGUCCGACCAUCCUGAGGUCCGUAAGCUGGGGUUCACCGGAUCCACAGAGAUCGGCAAACAUAUUAUGAAGAGCUGUGCGGUCAGUAACGUGAAGAAGGUGUCUCUGGAGUUGGGGGGUAAAUCUCCACUCAUCAUCUUCAGUGACUGCGAUCUGGACAAAGCUGUGCGCAUGGGCAUGAGUUCUGUCUUCUUCAACAAAGGAGAGAACUGCAUCGCAGCUGGCCGCCUCUUUGUGGAGCAGUCCCUCCACGACACAUAUGUGCAGAGAGUGGUGGAGGAGGUGAAGAAGAUGAAGAUUGGAGAUCCCCUAGAUCGUUCGACUGACCACGGCCCCCAGAACCACAAAGCUCACCUGGACAAGCUGGUGGAGUACGCACAGACCGGGGUGAAGGAGGGGGCCCGGCUGGUGUGCGGGGGGAAGCAGUGUGACCGACCAGGGUUCUUCUUUGAGCCGACAAUAUUCACAGACGUGGAAGACCACAUGUUCCUUGCCAUAGAGGAGUCCUUCGGCCCCAUCAUGAUCAUCUCAAAGUUUAAGGAGGGUGAUGUGGAUGGAGUGCUGAAGAGGGCCAAUGCCACGGAGUACGGCCUGGCGUCGGGUGUGUUCACACGGGACAUCAGCAAGGCCCUGUAUGUGAGCGAGAAGCUUCAGGCGGGCACGGUCUUUGUGAACACCUACAACAAGACGGACGUGGCAGCUCCCUUUGGUGGAUUCAAACAGUCUGGAUUCGGCAAGGACCUGGGUCAAGACGCUCUGAACGAGUACCUGAAGACUAAAGCAGUUACCAUUGAGUACUGAGAUACUCACACCUCUGAAGACAACAACCAGGAACAAUCCAGUCUAGAGGUGUUUCUACUGUGAAAAUGACCAGCUGAAGACACAAGACUAAGAUAGUGAAGAUAUUUGUACUUCUGUGAUUAACAGUAGCUGAAUCAGAGGCAUUGAAAAAAAAAAUCAACCAGUAGCCAUUAGAGCUUAAUGUGUCCUCCCUCUUUACUUAUAUAAUGUUAGACUAAUCACCUGCUUCAUUUUGAUUCUCAUUUUGGAAAGAUCCCAAACCUUAUAGCUCUAUAUCAAAUUGAUAUAUCCUAUAGAGUAUGCCCAUGGUUUUGACUAAAAGCCUUUUUUCUAGCCGAUCAAACUGCUUGAAUGAAAAAUAAGACUCCAUAUCACAUAUGGUACAGGUGCAUUUACCUUCAGUAUUUCAGUAUUUUUUUACUGUUUAGUCUGUGUCAAACUAUAUGAAUUUUUCAUAAAAGUUUUAUUUCUCAUAAAAGCAGAAAACCGAUUUUAUUGUUGCAGUGAAUUGCACGGUUACUGGUACAGCUGAUGUAUAUCUUCAUGGAUGUGAUCUAUACACUAACUUAAAAUUGAAUCUCAAUGUGUUUUUGAAUAAACACUGUUUAACAAAUGUA